UCAUUCAGUUACUCCAAAAUGAACAGAUUAUUUGGGCGAGGAAAGCCAAAGGAACCGCCGCCGAAUCUCACGGAUGCUAUUUCUAACGUAAGUCGUGGUACAAUUGCAGACUAGAAUCGUGGAACACAAUCAGACCAGAGCAAGUGACUGCAGAUUUCCUUUGCAUCUUUCAUUAAACUUUUUUCUGUUGCUUAGGUGGACAGUCGAGGGGAAUCUAUAGAAAAGAAGAUUAGUAAACUUGAUGCAGAGCUCAUGAAAUACAAGGAUCAGAUGAAAAAAAUGAGAGAUGGACCCUCAAAGGUUUGUAUUAGGAUGUAAGAAGUUUCUUGAGCUUUUAAAAUAGUGCUGAAAAUUUAUGUCUUUUUCAGUGGCCACUGUAAAUUCUAAAAUCCACGUAUUGUCUCUUGUUAUUUUGUAUUAAAAUACAGUCAUAUCAAGCUGGUACUUUUAGACGAAGAAUUAUUUUACCAUUCAGAAGAAGUCUUUUGUUGGUUCAAGAUGGUCGACACUUAAGCCACCAGGCUUCAAUUGUUCAAAAGGUGGAUAGCGCUGUCCACUGGUUAAAUUUGUAACCAGUGGAUAAUGCAAUUGGUUUUUGUACUACUUAUAUAUCCGCUGGAUAGUAAUUUGUCCAGUGCUAUCCAACUUUUCAACAGCCAGGGCCAGGAAUACAAUAAUUUCAAGCCAAGUAAAGUUUUCUCAACACAUACAAGGUCAUAUUUUUUUUUAACCCUGAGAUAACUUUGGUUUAUGUUCCAAGGCAGUUAAUGGGCUAAUUGCCAGUUGUACAGUGUAGCAUACAGUGCAUGCUAAGCCAACCAGACUUUGAGUGAAGGCAAGGCUAGCAGUGACUUUGCUUCGAUAGAAACCUCAGCACUAUUUAUAGAUUAAAUUUCUCUUUUUUUUUUUCCAAGGAAGUAUGCAAAGCCCUAACAAACUGUGCUCAGAACAUGAAAAAACAAAUUUAUAUAGAUACAUACAGAUGGAUAACCAGAGGAGCUUAUAACUGGAAUAAAGUUGCUGUAAACACAUUAAAUUGUAAGCCUCGUUCCAGUUUCUAAGCAGAUCUUAUUAUCAGAUUUGCUUAUAAACAGGAAGGAGACUUAUAAGCUGCUGUAUGUGGUCUAGUAAAAUGACGCAGAGUGUAAUAGUACUUGAUCCUCUGUAUGGUUGCCUGCAGAUAUCAAAUUUGUCACACAUUUUCCAUCAAGUCAUCAGUUUUUCAGGUGAAAUUGUCACUUAUUAGGCUGAUUUAGCAACAGAUUGGGAAUGUCAUUUGACGAUGGGUUACAAGCGCGCGGAAAGGACUAAACUUGACUUCCGGUACCCAAUUUGCCGCUCAGCCAUUGGUCAAUCCAGUUGUUUGAUUUGCGCGGGCAGUCGUCAACAGACGUUCCCGUUCUGUUGUUAAAUCAGCCUAUUAAGAAUUUUUUGGCAUGCUAAUGCUGCUAGCGAGCUCAUGACAACCAUAACAAUGACUGAAACUAGAAAAGAACUCUGCAUUUUGGCAGAUUUAUUUGCAGUCGUUAUCAAACUUAAUUGAGAUGGCAAUGUGAUGUUUGCUUUAAUUUCUAAGAUCAUCUCUUCAUCAAUGGCAAUUAUAACAGUUGCAAUUGGAAAUACCUUGGAUACAGAGUCUCAUACUUAAUGUCUGUGUGUUUAUUAAUUUUUUUUUAUCACUCCAAUGUGUUUUUCCUUUCUUUUAGAAUAUGAUCAAGCAAAGAGCAAUGAGAGUUUUGAAACAGAAAAAGCAGUAAGUUACUUAAUGCUGAAUAUUCGAAUAGAAAAUAUUAUUUUCUUUUUAUAAAAACUAAUGGUACAUGGAGGGAGCCACCAGCAAUCGAGUUGAUUACACAAAUUAAAGUUACAGCAAAAGCAACAAAAUAAGUGAUCUAUGCAAAAAAUAGUUACAGAGCACUAAGAAAGGCUAGAUGUAAGUCAGCAUGCGAAGAAAGUACUGUCCAAUAGCCUGAGACUAGUGGAUUUUGCUAUCAGGCUAGUGAAUUCAGUUUUUAACUAGCCGGACAGGCAAGUGAAAUUUUGUUCAGGAAUUCAAAUUACAUAAGAACUUUGUAAUCAAUCCUGCUCAUCAAAAUGUUUUUGGGGCUAGUUGAAAUGAAUUUGGGGCUAGUUCGUGCUAGCUACAGCUUGCCCAAAUGGCAUGUUUUUUUAUAGAUUUUUCCUGGAGUUCAAUUUUUAAGGACUUUAUCCAGGUUCAAAAAGAGAAAGGGAAAUAACUUAGUCUUGUAUGAAAUAUCACAUAAGAGGGUUUCACAUUGUAGUGGUGCAGUGGACAUCCAAGAAAUAAUACUAAAAAGUGUAAAGCACAUGCAGAGUUGUUGUUUUGCUCAUAAAAUCAAUAUUGUUUCUUGAUGUUGGCAUUUUUGUUGUUGUAGUUACUUAAGCAAUAAUAUUGUUAUGAAGGCAUCCAUGAUGACAUGUUUGACUGUUGUUUGUUUGUAACCUGUAAAAGUUACUAUGAAAGCUUUUGUUAAUCUUCAAUACCUUUCAGGUAUGAAAAUCAGCUGGAAAAUCUCCGACAACAAUCCUUUAACAUGGAGCAGGCGAAUUUUGCAACACAAACAUUGAAAGAUACGAAAACGACAGUGAGUAUAUCAUUGUUUUGAUACAUAUACAUGUACAGUGUAAUUUUAUAGAGCUAGUGUUCAAGAUACACUGUACCCUGGUAGAAAUGUGUCCUGCUCAGGAUCCUAAGUAAGGGUUUGAAUGGAUCUUUACUUUAUUAUUGUUGCACAAACUAAAUCAAGAAGCCUCAAGUGGCAAGAAAGGCUUAUCUUGACCACUGGUGUAGCCUAUAGGAAUACUUGGCUGAUUUGUUGACUCACAGAGUCAGCCAUACAGUGUUUACUAGUUAAUUGUGGCUGCGAUGACUGUAUCUACUUAUUUUUUAGGUUGAUGCUAUGAAGUUAGGACUAAAAGACAUGAAAAAGGAAUAUAAGAAAGUCAAUCUUGAUGAAAUUGAGGUAUGGCCAUUUUGUUGUCAAUCUUUGUAUUGUUUUGCUAUAUCUAUUUUCAGUCUGCCUUUGUUACAUUAUACACUUACAUGUACAUCUAAUGUCAGGUCUUGUGGAAAACAGUUCUCUUUAGUCAUCUCAGGAAACAUCAGGUCUCGGUGGGAAAUAAAAAUAACUGUUUUACCAAGGGACCUGACAUUAAGUGUUUUGUUAUACUCUUAAAAGACUUUCACCUCAAUAGCCACAAAGAAUAUAGAGUAAUUUUUAAAACACAUUGUGUUAAAACACAAUGCCAGUUCUUCAGAACUCAAAUUUAAUUCUCAAAUGAAUAAAUGAUUUAGCAAAGUACCGUAUUUUAUCGAUUCAUCGCCGGGCCUUGAAUAAAUACUGGGUCUUGGAUGGGAAGUUUUAGAUACUCCCCUCCAGAUGUUUAUUUGUGGUAUAAUAAACUAACGGCAUAUUAUUUAGGCAAAAUACACGGCUGUCAAGAAAAAGGCACAAAAGCUUUUCUUAAGCCCGAAUAAACUGCAAAUUCAAACAAACGCCGGUCCACAAGGCCAAGUUUGAAUUAAACUCUGGGGGCGUUUAAUUGAGAAAAUAUGGUACGCUCCUUGUGUUAUCCACAUCUUUUUUCUUUACUAGCUGCUGUAUUUCUUCUUGGAUGACUUCAAAAAUCAUUACUUUUUAGCUUUAGGCUCCUUGUUUGUGUUUAUGUGUUUAUUUACAAAAGUGAAAACUAGCUUGCAUGUUUUUCUUAUCUCCUGUUAUGCCACUUUUCACCAUGCACUGAUCCCAACAUGCUGUGGUAUCCCAGGCAGGUUACAAUAAAUAAUAAUUAUUAUUGAUUGCUGAAUUGUAUCACAAUCAGGAUACAUUUGAAUUUAGUUAAGGCCAUUUGACCAAUAAUCAACUAAUUACAGUCCCUGUUUAGUUGAGUGAGAGUGUAGAAAUAUAACAAUAGUUGUUAUUCUUGACUAAAGGACCUUCAAGAUGACAUGGCAGAUAUGCUUGAGAUUGCUAACGAAGUUCAAGAGACUUUAGGCCGGACUUAUGGCAUGCCAGAUGACCUAGAUGAGGCUGAUCUUGAAGCAGGUACUGUACAUGAAAUGAAAGCCCAUUCACUGCCUAGGGUAACCUAAACUGGGGGGGGGGGGAUACUCCCUACAAUGGCCUUUAGGGGGAAGUUCUGUCCUACAGGGGUACCCUUUUCUGGCUUCAGGGAUAUAUUGAGGAUAUUACAUGGCUGCAGAGAGAUACAAAAUUUCUCUUCUCCUGUUGAAAAAAUGAUUUACUUGUUUUCAAACAAGGGAUGCAGAAAUCUAAAUGAGGUCAUGAAUGUUUUAUAUAAAACCAAUGAAUGCCAAAAUAUUUCUCCCAAAAAAUAUUUUUUACAUGUAAAAGGAUAAGGGGUUGGACCUCAGGGUGAAGCCUCCACAUAUAAAACUUUGUUGUUCAAAAUCUCUAAAAUUUACUAAGAAAUAUACAGCUACAGUGCAGACAACUUUUAAGCUUUUGAAUGGUUGUAUCUCGUUCAUUAUAAAUUUGGCUCAAUUAUCAUCAAACUUGGGAAUUUUUGUAAACUACUCCAUAUAAGGUAAUCCAAGACAGUCUUGGAUCCUGAAUUCCACGUUGAAGAUUCCGAUCCCAGGUACUGGAUUCUGGAAUCUUUGUCAGUGGAUCUUGGAUUCUGGAUUCUACUCAAAAGAUUAGAAGGAUUCUUGAUUCCUGGAGCUGAAUUUCAGAUUUCAAAUCCCCGGUUUCCGGAUUACCUUUCAUGGGGCGGAUGUAUGACUUUGUGUGCUCUUUCUGACUAUGAGGUUCUUUUGUUUGACCGGGUCUUUACAUACUGUGUUUAAACUCAUUUCUCCUCAGAAUUGGAAGCCCUUGGUGAUGAUCUAGCCCUUGAUGAAGACACUUCGUACUUAGAUGAAGUUCCUGCGCCAUCAGAUACAAUACCAGGGGAGCAAGACUCAUCAGGAACAAAAACACAGGUA